CGCUCCCCUCCCCCCGCGGCUGUUCCGCCGCCUCGCCUCCCCUCCCCCCGGCUGGAGCUCACUGUCUCCAAGAUGGCGGCCGUGUCAGUUUGGGGCAUCUCGGCGGUCCGGCCCGGGUCUCCGGGAUCCGGGCUCUACUUCCUCCCGGCAUAAGAUGCACAUUUUUCUGCUCUGAAGCCGGGAAUGAAAUAUUCUUGAGUUCUUACAGCUUUAUGACGAGACCUAUGUGUGGUGCUAUUGAGAAAUUCGUUGGGAAGUUGGAAGACAUUUCAAACAACAGGUUGUUCUGGUUUCUAUAGUACAAUUGGGGAGGCAUUCUGUUUUGUGAAAGGAGGAAGGACUUAGGCCAGAAAACUUGUAUGCUAUGGUUAACUGGUUCCCAGCCUCCGAGAAUCUUGGUUUCCAUGGUGUAAAACUUACUCAGCAUCAGGAUAAGGGAUAACGACUCUAUGGAUAUACAGAAUCCUUCACCAUGGUAAAACUCGCAAACCCGCUUUAUACUGAGUGGAUUUUGGAGGCCAUCAAAAAAGUGAAAAAGCAGAAACAGCGUCCUUCAGAAGAAAGGAUAUGCAAUGCUGUGUCUUCAUCCCAUGGCUUAGAUCGUAAAACUGUUUUAGAACAAUUGGAGUUGAGUGUUAAAGAUGGAACGAUUUUAAAAGUCUCAAAUAAAGGACUCAAUUCCUAUAAAGAUCCUGAUAAUCCUGGGCGAAUAGCACUUCCUAAGCCUCGGAACCAUGGAAAAUUGGAUAAUAAACAAAAUGUGGAUUGGAAUAAACUGAUAAAGCGGGCAGUUGAGGGCUUGGCAGAGUCUGGUGGCUCAACUUUGAAAAGCAUUGAACGUUUUUUGAAAGGUCAGAAGGAUGUGUCUGCGUUAUUUGGAGGCAGUGCUGCCUCUGGCUUUCACCAGCAGUUACGAUUGGCUAUCAAACGUGCCAUUGGCCAUGGCAGACUCCUUAAAGAUGGACCUCUUUAUCGACUCAACACUAAAGCAACCAAUGUGGAUGGGAAAGAGUGUUGUGAGUCUCUUUCCUGUUUACCUCCAGUGUCCCUUCUUCCACAUGAAAAGGAUAAGCCGGUUGCUGAACCAAUCCCCAUCUGUAGUUUCUGUCUUGGUACAAAAGAACAAAACCGAGAAAAGAAGCCAGAGGAACUCAUCUCCUGUGCCGACUGUGGCAACAGUGGCCAUCCAUCCUGUUUAAAGUUUUCCCCUGAACUAACGGUUCGAGUGAAGGCCUUACGGUGGCAGUGCAUUGAGUGUAAAACGUGCAGCUCCUGUCGAGAUCAAGGCAAAAAUGCGGAUAACAUGCUCUUUUGUGAUUCGUGUGACCGAGGUUUUCACAUGGAGUGUUGUGAUCCACCACUCACCCGUAUGCCAAAAGGCAUGUGGAUAUGUCAAAUAUGUCGACCUAGGAAAAAAGGACGAAAACUUCUACAAAAGAAGGCAGCACAGAUAAAACGGCGCUAUGCUAAUCCAAUAGGACGUCCAAAAAACAGGUUAAAGAAACAAAACACGGUAUCAAAAGGUCCCUUCAGCAAAGUUCGAACUGGCCCUGGAAGGGGUAGGAAACGAAAAAUCACUCUUUCCAGCCAAUCAGCAUCAUCAUCAUCAGAAGAAGGAUAUUUAGAACGGAUAGAUGGCUUGGACUUCUGCAGAGAUAGCAGUGUCUCCUUGAAGUUCAACAAGAAAACCAAAGGGCUCAUUGAUGGCCUUACCAAAUUUUUUACCCCUUCCCCUGAUGGGCGGAAAGCUCGUGGGGAAGUGGUGGACUACUCUGAGCAAUAUCGAAUCAGAAAGAGGGGCAACAGGAAAUCAAGCACUUCAGAUUGGCCCACAGACAAUCAGGAUGGCUGGGAUGGCAAACAAGAAAAUGAGGAGCGACUUUUUGGGAGCCAGGAAAUCAUGACUGAGAAAGAUAUGGAAUUAUUUCGUGAUAUCCAAGAACAAGCACUGCAGAAAGUUGGAGUGACUGGUCCCCCUGAUCCACAAGUCCGCUGUCCCUCUGUCAUUGAGUUUGGGAAGUAUGAAAUUCACACCUGGUACUCCUCCCCAUAUCCUCAAGAAUACUCAAGGCUUCCCAAAUUGUAUCUUUGUGAAUUUUGUUUAAAAUAUAUGAAAAGUAGAACUAUUCUGCAGCAGCACAUGAAGAAAUGUGGUUGGUUCCAUCCUCCUGCCAAUGAGAUUUACAGAAAGAAUAAUAUUUCUGUCUUUGAGGUUGAUGGUAAUGUGAGUACCAUUUAUUGUCAAAACCUGUGUCUCUUGGCAAAGUUGUUUCUUGACCACAAAACCCUCUAUUAUGAUGUGGAGCCAUUUCUUUUUUAUGUACUAACACAGAAUGAUGUCAAGGGCUGCCACCUUGUUGGUUACUUUUCUAAAGAAAAGCACUGCCAACAGAAGUACAAUGUUUCCUGUAUAAUGAUUCUUCCUCAAUACCAGCGUAAGGGCUAUGGCAGGUUUCUCAUCGAUUUCAGUUAUUUGUUAUCAAAGCGUGAAGGCCAAGCAGGGUCUCCAGAGAAACCGUUAUCCGAUCUGGGUCGUCUUUCCUACAUGGCAUAUUGGAAAAGUGUAAUAUUGGAGUGCCUUUAUCACCAAAAUGACAAGCAGAUCAGCAUUAAGAAGUUAAGCAAGUUGACUGGAAUCUGCCCUCAAGACAUCACUUCCACACUCCACCACCUACGAAUGCUGGACUUCCGUAGUGACCAAUUUGUGAUUAUCCGCCGGGAAAAACUUAUCCAGGAUCACAUGGCAAAGCUUCAGCUGAAUUUGCGACCUGUAGAUGUAGAUCCAGAAUGUUUGCGCUGGACUCCAGUCAUAGUGUCCAACUCUGUGGUCUCAGAGGAAGAAGAAGAGGAGGCUGAGGAAGGAGAAAACGAAGAGCCACAGUGCCAGGAAAGAGAAUUAGAGAUCAGUGUGGGAAAGUCUGUGUCUCGGGAGAAGAAAGAACAAGAUUCUUACUCAGUAGAAAGUGAGAAGAAACCAGAAGUUACGGCUCCAGUCAGUUCUACACGUUUGAACAAACAAGCCCUUCCUCGUGAUAGUCUUCCUGCAAAUAGCCAGCCAUCUCGGAGGGGCCGCUGGGGGAGGAAGAACAGAAAAACCCAGGAACGCUUCGGUGAUAAAGAUUCUAAACUGCUCUUGGAAGAGACGUCUUCAGCUCCUCAGGAACAAUAUGGAGAAUGUGAGGAGAAAUCAGAAGCCACCCAGGAACAAUACACUGAAAGUGAAGAACAGCUGGUGGCCUCUCAGGAGCAGCUAAGCCAGGAUGGGAAACCUGACCUUCCCAAAAGAAGACUCAGUGAGGGGUUUGAGCCCUGGCGAGGACAGCUCAAGAAAAGCCCUGAGGCUCUGAAGUGCAGAUUAACAGAAGGAAAUGAGAGGCUGCCCCGCCGCUACAGUGAGGGUGACAGGGCUGUCCUCAGGGGCUUCAGUGAGAGCAGCGAGGAGGAGGAAGAGCCAGAAAGCCCUCGGUCAAGCUCACCACCAAUUCUCACAAAGCCCACGCUGAAGCGAAAGAAACCAUUUCUCCACCGAAGGAGGAGAGUCCGAAAGCGCAAACACCACAAUAGCAGUGUAGUCACGGAAACUAUUUCUGAGACCACUGAAGUGUUAGAUGAACCUUUUGAAGAUUCUGACUCUGAGAGGCCAAUGCCAAGAUUAGAACCCACGUUUGAGAUCGAUGAAGAAGAGGAGGAAGAGGAUGAAAAUGAACUUUUCCCUAGAGAAUACUUCCAUUGUUUGUCUUCGCAGGAUGUACUCAGGUGUCAGUCCUCUUCUAAGAGGAAGUCUAAAGACGAAGAAGAAGAUGAAGAGUCAGAUGAUGCUGAUGACACUCCUAUCCUAAAGCCAGUAUCUCUCUUGCGAAAACGUGAUGUGAAGAAUUCUCCUCUUGAGCCAGAUACAUCCACACCUUUGAAAAAGAAAAAGGGAUGGCCCAAAGGCAAGAGUCGCAAACCAAUCCACUGGAAGAAAAGACCUGGUCGAAAACCAGGAUUUAAGUUGAGUCGGGAAAUCAUGCCAGUUUCUACUCAAGCAUGCGUCAUUGAGCCCGUCGUCCCCAUUCCUAAAGCUGGACGUAAACCCAAGAUCCAGGAGAGUGAAGAAACUGUUGAGCCAAAAGAAGACAUGCCCCUAACCGAGGAGAGGAAGGAGGAGGAGAUGCAAGCAGAGGCAGAAGAGGCUGAAGAGGGUGAGGAAGAGGAUGCAGCCAACAGUGAAGUCCCAGUAGCCUCUCCAGCAGACAGCAGCAAUAGUCCUGAGACCGAAACCAAGGAGCCCGAAGUGGAGGAGGAAGAAGAGAAACCCCAUGUCUCAGAGGAGCAGAGGCAGUCAGAGGAGGAGCCGCAGGAAUUAGAGGAGCCAGAACCAGAGGAGGAGGAGGACGCAGCUGCAGAGACUGCCCAGAAUGAUGACCACGAUGCUGAUGAUGAGGAUGAUGGCCACCUGGAGUCCACAAAGAAAAAGGAGCUGGAGGAACAGCCCAAGAGGGAAGAUGUCAAGGAGGAGCCUGGUGUUCAAGAGUCUUUUUUAGAUGCUAAUAUGCAGAAGAGUAGGGAAAAGAUAAAGGAUAAAGAGGAAACUGAGCUGGAUUCCGAAGAGGAGCAACAUUCCCAUGACACGUCCGUGGUGUCAGAGCAGAUGCCUGGGUCUGAGGACGACCACGAAGAAGACUCCCACACUAAGGAAGAGUUAAUCGAAUUAAAAGAGGAGGAAGAGAUUCCUCAUAGUGAACUGGAUCUGGAAACUGUACAGGCAGUACAGUCUUUGACUCAAGAAGAAAGCAAUGAGCAUGAGAGCGCCUACCAGGACUGUGAGGAAACUCUCGCGGCAUGUCAGACUCUGCAGAGUUAUACCCAGGCUGAUGAGGACCCUCAGAUGUCCAUGGUUGAAGACUGUCAUGCAUCAGAACAUAACAGCCCUAUCUCCUCUGUUCAGUCUCACCCCAGCCAGUCAGUCCGUUCGGUCAGCAGUCCCAACGUGCCUGCCCUUGAGAGUGGCUACACCCAGAUCAGCCCAGAACAAGGAUCCCUGUCCGCACCCUCUAUGCAGAACAUGGAGACCAGCCCUAUGAUGGAUGUGCCUUCUGUAUCAGACCACUCUCAGCAGGUGGUGGACAGCGGCUUCAGUGACCUGGGCAGCAUUGAGAGCACCACUGAAAACUAUGAGAACCCGAGCAGUUAUGACUCCACGAUGGGCGGCAGCAUCUGUGGGAACAGCUCUUCCCAGAGCAGCUGCUCCUACGGUGGGCUGUCGUCCUCCAGCAGCCUCACCCAGAGCAGCUGUGUGGUCACUCAGCAGAUGGCCAGCAUGGGCAGCAGCUGCAGCAUGAUGCAGCAGAGCAGUGUCCAGCCUGCUGCCAACUGCAGCAUCAAAUCACCUCAGAGCUGCGUGGUGGAGAGGCCUCCCAGUAACCAGCAGCAGCAGCCACCACCACCACCUCCACAGCAGCCGCAGCCACCGCCGCCACAACCACAACCAGCACCGCAGCCUCCACCACCCCAGCAGCAGCCGCAGCCUCAGCCCCAGCAGCCUCCGCCCCCACCCCCUCCCCAGCAGCAGCCCCCGCUGUCACAGUGUAGUAUGAAUAACAGUUUCACCCCAGCUCCUAUGAUCAUGGAGAUACCAGAAUCUGGAAGCACUGGGAACAUAAGUAUCUAUGAGAGGAUUCCAGGGGAUUUUGGUGCUGGCAGCUACUCUCAACCAUCAGCCACCUUCAGCCUAGCCAAGCUGCAGCAGCUGACCAACACCAUUAUGGACCCUCAUGCCAUGCCUUAUAGCCAUUCUCCUGCUGUGACUUCCUAUGCAACCAGUGUUUCUCUGUCCAAUACAGGACUGGCUCAGCUGGCUCCGUCUCAUCCCUUAGCUGGGACUCCUCAAGCACAAGCCACCAUGACGCCACCCCCAAACUUGGCAUCCACUACCAUGAACCUCACAUCUCCUCUGCUCCAGUGCAACAUGUCUGCCACCAACAUUGGCAUUCCUCACACGCAGAGAUUGCAAGGGCAAAUGCCAGUGAAGGGGCACAUUUCCAUCCGCUCCAAGUCUGCACCACUGCCCUCUGCGGCUGCUCACCAGCAGCAGCUGUAUGGCCGCAGCCCGUCAGCAGUUGCCAUGCAGGCUGGCCCUCGUGCACUGGCUGUUCAGCGUGGCAUGAACAUGGGGGUUAAUCUGAUGCCUACCCCCACCUAUAAUGUCAAUUCCAUGAAUAUGAACACCUUGAAUGCCAUGAACAGCUAUCGAAUGACACAGCCCAUGAUGAACAGCAGUUACCAUAGUAACCCUGCCUACAUGAACCAGACAGCACAGUAUCCUAUGCAGAUGCAGAUGGGAAUGAUGGGGAGCCAGGCCUAUACCCAGCAGCCUAUGCAGCCAAACCCUCACGGGAACAUGAUGUACACGGGCCCCUCCCAUCACAGCUACAUGAACGCUGCUGGCGUGCCCAAGCAGUCACUCAAUGGACCUUACAUGAGAAGAUGAGCAAGAUGGACUUGCAAUCAAAAACUUAAAUAUAUAUAAAUAAAGGAACCUUUUAUACUGACAAACCAGAGAAAAAUGGACCUUUUUCCAGUUAAAAUAUUGCUGUAGAUUUAGAGGAAUUUUUCUUUGGUUUAUUUUAUUUUUUAGAAAACCUGAUCUUCUCUUUUUUUGGGUUCAUUUUGUUCUGGGUUUUGGUUUUCUUCACAAUCUUGAACAUUUUACAGUAGAACUCAUCUAAAAAUGGAUUUGGGGAUGGGGAAACAUGCACAAAAUCUUUUCAUAAUUAAAAAGAGCCUUACUUUCUUUACAUACCACAUGGACAGAAUUUGUGUAAAAGUGAAUUACCUUUAUUUUAAAAUGUAUGUUUCCCCUCACUGUUUGCAGCUCCCAAUGUUGUCAUUUUUAAAUGUUAUAUACAUCUCAAGGGUUAACCAGACCCUUUCCUCCAAACCCAACCUUUCAUUUCCUACUUCAUUCCAGCAGGAGGCACUUAGGGGAGACUUGGACGGGGACGUGGAGAACAACCCAAGCUCCUUAAACUUAUUAUUAUUGUUAAUAUUAUUAUUAUUAUUAUUAAUAAAGUGAGGCAGGAAAA